AACAAAGUGAUUGGUUUGGACAGAAGGGGCUGAAUUGGCAUGUAACUGUUUGUGUUUUUAAAGAUUAUGAAAAUCAGCUUAAGCAUCGUACAUAUGUUCAUGUUAUGGAUGGUGUUAAACAGGAUUGGUACAGUGUAGCAUGUAUGCUGCAACAUGUACUAUUAGCUCUGAAAAAGCAACAACCUACUGUGACAACAGCAUUUUUGAGAAGUGACAACGCAGGGUGUUACCACUGCAGUAAUUUAUGGCAUGCUGUUCCAGCAAUAUCAGAAGAAACAGGUGUAAAUAUACAAAGGUACGACUUUAGCGAAUCACAGGAUGGCAAGUCAUAUUGUGAUGCCAAAAUAGCACACAUGCGAGCAAAGCUAAGGAAAUAUGUAAGCAAUGGGGGCAACAUAUCAUGCUCUGCAGAUAUGAAAAAGGCUUUGGAUGACGGAGAGGGUGUUCCAGGAUGUCAAAUUGCCCAUGUUGACAUUCCUCUACCAGUAGAUCAAUUGACGCUCCAGCAGAAGGUAAAAGUUUACCUGAAAGGUGUAUUUGAAGAGGGUGAAAGUAGUGGCAACAAAGCCAACCCAGUUAAUGUUUCUCGGAACAUAAGAGUUUGCCAUGAUGGGGAUGGAAUGAAAAUGUUUACACCAAAAGAAUACUUACAACCUAGUAAAAUCACUUCCUAUUUUUCAAGACUAGUAGUGCUGUCCAGAGCUCCAGCAACAGAUGUAGUUGAAAACGAUAUUGACCGCACCAUAGCUAUAAUUAAUCAAGCUGAAGCAUUGGAAGAACUUGUUAAUAUUUUUGUUUGA